AUGGACCUCCAUCCGAUAGAUCUCGGCAACGCCGGCCUCGAUCUCGACACCCUCAAACUCACCGUCGAGCUUUACCUCCAAGAUCUCCACGAGCUCCAGGCAGCAGCCAAAGGAAAAGGAAAACGCCGCGAGGGCGAGACGACCGAUCUCGAGAUGGCUAUUGCGACCUACGAGGCAGAACUAGCUUCUGUCAACCAGCAUCUCGCCGACCGCGCCAUGUGCGCGAGCAUCGCCGAUGCCGUUCGCCAGGAUGCCAUCGCUAUCUCCGAGGCCGUCCAGGCCGAGGAACAAGCAAGACAAGACCGCCAGAUGGCCUGCUCGCUGGGUGGCGUUCCUACCUCUACCCAGCAUGCAGCUAGGCCUUCGAGUCCCGCAUUCUCCAUCAUCACGGAACCGUUUGAGAACGACUUCAUUGACAAGCUGAGCGCCCUGUACAUCUCUGAUCCGGAUGGAGAAGGCGCAGCCGAAUCUUCUGCAUGGGCCGCUAGCCGCCGUCCGCGCUCAACCACUCCAGGCCCCCCGAGACCAGAUACUCCGGCCAUCAUGAGACAGUGUGUGAUGUGUAGGGAUGAAUUUCGCUUUUAUCGGAUGGCUACCUUUCCAUGCCAGCAUCACAUGUGCCAGGGCUGUUUAGUCGAGCUCUUCACCCGACUGUUGACGGAUCAGACACUGUUUCCUCCUCGAUGUUGUCGUGAGCCGAUUGCUUUGGACAAGGCCCGCUUCUUGCUUGGUCCAGAAUUGGUCGGGAAGUUCUUGGCCAAGAAGGUUGAGUACGAAACACCCGACGCAACUUACUGCUCACAGCCUAGUUGUUCUCAGUUCAUACCGCCGCAGGGUAUCGCAAAUGAUGUUGGAAGUGCUUCAGAUGGCGGAGGCAGAAGGAUGGAGGAGAUGCUAUUCCUGUAA